AUGGUCAAGACACUCCCCUUCGGCGACAUCCAAAUCUCGUCGCCAGGCUUCGGUGCAAUGGGUCUUAGCUUUAGCUUGGGUACCAAUCUUAGCCUCGAGGAAGCCGAACGGGUACUGCUAAAGGCAAUCGAGCUCGGAUGCAUAUUCCGGGCUACUGCUGUCGUCUACCAAGCCGGUGUAAACGAGAAGCUUCUGGGAGAUUUCUUCAGAAAGCACAACGCUCGUGACAAGAUCUUCAUCGCCUCGAAGUGUGGAUUCAACAUCAUUGGAGGGGAUGGUUCGGUCACCAAUUCUGCUUCGCAUAUCAAGGAGUAUAUCGAAGGCACCAUUGAGAGAGUUGAAUUUACUCCUGAUCUUUACUAUCUCCACCGGAUAGAUCCCAGUACGUCCGAUCGCCUUAAUUCAAUCCCCGCCCUUGAUGAGAUUCGCAAAGCAGGCAAAACGAAGUACAUUGGCCUUUCGGAAUGCUCCGCUGCUACAUUCCGCAAGGCUAAUUCA